AAGUGGCACGACAAUGACACAUGAGAAGCAGAAGCGGUUCCUCUGACUUGUGGAUCCAACAACUAUGGUGGUUGGGUUGAGAGGGUUGUGUUUCAUUGCAAUCGUGUUGUUGCUUGUUUUGGAAGAGUGGGUGUCAACGCCCUCUUGCAAAGUGGUUCCAAGCAUCAAUCCCAAUCUCAUUCUUCAACAACAUGUUCAAUUUGGAGAUGACCCAGAUGACUUGAAGGUCAUGAUGGUCGCUGACCUUCUUCUCUUGGGCUCUGAAGCUGGUUAUGUCAACCACUUCUUCAGGGACUACUACAUGUCCAAAUUCUUUCGGAAAUCUUUUGAAAGUUUGAAGCCUGAUUUGCUUCUUGUCUUGGGAGAUGUUUCUGCAAAAGGUUCGCAGUUAACAAAAAGAAAAUGGAUGUCGGUGCUCAGUCAGUUUUACCAAAUGUUGGGCCCCUUUGUUGGUCUUCCAUUCCAUGCAAUUCUUGGUGAUAGGGAUAUUGGAGAAUGCAGUGAUCUUGAUGUGAAUAAAGUUAAUUGGAUUGCUCACAAAUUACCAGGAUUGGAUCCUUCUGGCUGUGGUGCAUUUGAAAUUGGUAACGUCAGUUUUGUCACACUGAAUGCAGUGGCUUUACUCUGCGGCAAUAGUAGUUUACGUUUUGAUGUUGAAAAAGUAAUAGAGAGGGAAAGUCUAGAACUUCGUGUGGAAACAGAGGGUGCAACAAAAUCAGUAAAUGAUUCCACCAGCUUUAGAGAUGCAGACUAUAACUCCUUCUGGAGGGAAAGCGCCGUGUUAUCUGGAUCAGGUCCUGUACUUCUACUCCACUUACCUUUGGACCAAAUGAGAAACGAGCACUAUAAUGGCCUUGAUGCUUUUAAGAGAUCUUCUACCUCUUUUAUAGAGGGGUUAAAUUUGGUGCCGAAAAGCAGGGAGCUCAUUGGGGCUGGAUUGUAUAAGUUACUUCAUACCCUCCCACUUAAUGCUUCUGAAUACAUUUUACAAGCUCUGAAGCCAAGGAUUAUUUUUAGUGCUCACAGGUAUGCAUUUUCUGAUUACAUACAUUUGGACAGAACUCCUGAGAUUACUGUUCCAGCAAUGUCAUGGAAUGCAAGAGAUGACCCUGGAUUUGUGAUUGCCACUUUCCAAAAGACAGGAAGAGCAGUGAGCAUCAGCUAUUGUUCUCUCGCUAGGGAAUCCCAUAUUCUUCUACUAUAUGUCUCUAUAAUGGUUUUGUUUUGUUUGUUAUGUUUAAAAGGAUAGCGUGGAAGAAUACAGUAAUACACCC